AUGAGCGAGAACUGUCACGUACACUUUGACGACAAGACUCUGCAGAGAGAACGGACAAAAGAGUCUAUGAAUUCGCGCAAGAAGUCUAUCGCCGAGAAGGAGGCAGACAUCGAGUCCGUCUGGUCUGAUGAACCGUACGGUUUGGAAGAGCGGGACUUCAAGAAGAAGCAGGUUUGUGGCUGUCGCGCUCGAGAGUCGCAAGCCGUACUGACGAGCAUAGNNACUUUCAAAGGAUGGACUCUGCUAUAUCUUGCCUACCAAUCAACGGGUGUGAUCUAUGGAGACAUCGGUACCAGUCCUCUAUAUGUCUAUUCGUCUACCUUCACCUCUGAACCAUCGAGGGACGACCUUCUCGGUGCACUCUCGUUGAUCAUCUGGACUUUGACUUUGAUCGUCACCAUCAAAUAUGUCUUGAUUGUCCUGUCCGCCGAUGAUGAAGGUGAAGGAGGCACAUUUGCUAUAUAUACUCUUUUGUCCCGCUUUAGUGAAAUCAUGAAANGAGAUCCUAGAACAUAUCACGCCAUCAAGAUGGAGAGAUACCCCAAUGCCGAGCUUCCCAGACAAAGUCGCAGUAUCAGGAAUUGGCUUGAGAAGUCUAAAGUUGCACACGCACUCUUGAAGAUAUUGGCUGUGUUUGGCGUGAGUUUGAUCAUCGCCGAUGGAAUCUUGACACCUGCACAAUCUGUGCUUGGAGCCAUUCAAGGAUUGACAGUAGUUGAUCAGAACAUUGGUAGCCCGACCAUCAUUGGUGUCAGCUGUGCCAUUCUCGUCUUGCUGUUUCUUCUACAGCCUCUCGGUAUUCAAAAGCUGGCGAGUUGCUUUGCUCCAAUCGUCAUCCUUUGGCUUCUGUUCAACGCAUCAUUCGGUAUCUAUGUAAGUCUUUUCUGCUCGUGUACCCAAGGCCAGCCUUCUAACGGACGUCAAAGANAUCUCGUCAUGCACGACUGGACAGUCCUGAAAGCAUUCUCUCCCUACUUCGCAGGCCUGUACUUUAUGCGCCUCAAGAAGGACGGAUGGCUGUCGCUUGGUGGUAUCUUGCUCUGUUUCACAGGUGUCGAGGCUCUCUUUGCCGAUCUUGGAGCUUUCAGCAAGCGCGCCAUACAAAUCUCGUGGCUUUGCCUUACCUUUCCCUGCCUUCUUCUGGCAUACAUCGGCCAAGCAGCAUACAUUUCGCGAACUCCGUCGGCAUACGCAAACCCUUUCUUCGAGACUGUGCCUCCAGGCAUGUUUUAUCCGUCGCUUGUCCUUUCAAUCCUGGCUGCUAUUGUCGCUUCUCAGGCACUCAUUACAAGCACUUUCCAGUUGCUUAUACAGCUCAUGCACUCGUCCUACUUCCCACAGAUCAAGGCAAUAUACACCAGCACCGCCUUCCAUGGACAAGUGUACAUUCCUAUCGCUAAUUGGCUCAUGAUGAUCGGCACAGUCAUAGUUACUGCUGUCUACAGCAACGUAAGCAUACUGUUCUCUAUAAUGGAAAGAACACAGACAACUAACAUGGUUAUAGNNACCACCAAGCUCGGUCAUGCCUACGGUGUCUGCGUCAUCCUUGUCACAUUCAUAACCACAAAUUUAGUGACCCUGGUAGCUUUGAUCGUCUGGAAANAGAACCCCUUCCUCGUCUUCGCCGUGUGGCUGCCUUUAGUCACCCUCGAUGGUCUAUACCUAUCCUCAGCUCUGACAAAGGUCCCCGAUGGUGCUUGGUUCACCCUCCUCCUCGCUGUCCUUCUCGCCUCAUUUUUCAGCCUUUGGCGCUACGGCAAGGAGAAACAGUGGACCACCGAAGCCAAGAACCAAGCUCAGCUCUCCGAACUGGUCGCUUACUCAUCCAACAAUCUCUCUUCUACCACCGCCACUCCUGACACUCCAUCCAAGAAGAGCUUCCAUCUUUCUUGGCGCCACGGUGGCGGUGAGCUGACAGAGACAAAGGGCAUGGGUAUCUUCUUCGACAAAGCCGGCACCGAUAUCCAUGUGCCUCAGGUCUACGAACACUUCAUCACAAAGUUCGAAGCCCAGAUGCAGGUUGUGGUCUUCUUGCACCUUCGUGCACUGUCUGAACCUCAUGUACAUGAAGAAGAGCGCUACACCAUCGCUCGUACACCUCUGCCGAAUGUCUAUCGCAUGACCAUCCGAUAUGGCUACAUGGACAGAGUGGUGACUCCCGAUCUGGCCAGGCUCGUAUAUGAGCAAGUAAGAAUAGCCAUUGUGCGCGGCACAGUGAUCAACAGACCAAAGCCCACUGUGCCAGAAACCGUUGUCCGGGAUCUUCACGACGCUCUUCGCGAUAAUGGAGAUAUGGAUCCGCAUGCCACUGCUACCGUCACCACUUUCGCUCCAGAGGUUGAGAUUGGUCCUGACGAAAAUCACACCUCUGGAGCUACUGCUUUGGUGACUUCUCGUCGUUUGCGUGCUUUGGAUGAUGCGUUUAAGACGCAAACACUGUAUCUUGUGGGCAAGCAACAACUGAGGGUGUAUGAGGAAACAUCCAUGGCCAGANAGGCCUUGCUCAAGGCCUUCCUCUUCGUCAGAGAGAAUACCAGAGCCAAGGUUGCGCAGCUCGAUGUGCCAGUGGAGAAGUUGGUGGAGGUUGGAUUUGUUGGUGAGAUGUGA